AUGCACAUCGGAGGAGGCGGUGGUGGCGGAGGGGGAGGGCUAGGAGGUGGGAUUGGCAUGGGAAGCAAUUCGUCGUCGGAACACUCCUACGAAACCACAACGCCGUUGCACUUCAAGUCGCUCUCUACCAAGACUGGACGUUCGCAUUAUGCCGACAAUGAGAAGCAGCUUGGAUCACUACCGACGAUUCAUCAUCAGGGACGAGGCGGCAGACAAGAGAGUCCCACUUUUCUUGGCGUUUCAAUGAAGCACUUGUCUCUGGUGGUGCUUCUGCUGCAAAACAGUGUUCUCGUACUUAUGAUGCGCUACUCACGCGUCUCUGUCGGUCCUGAUCAGCCCAUGUACCUGGCGUCAACAGCCGUCUUUCUUGCCGAGAUCAUCAAGCUCUGCACCUGCACAGGAAUCUUGGCUUACAGGACCCAGUCGAUCUCCAGGACAAUCCACAUCCUUCGCAACGACGUCCUAGGCCAACCACGGGAGCUUCUCAGGUUGCUGAUCCCCUCAGGACUGUACGCCCUCCAAAACAACCUACUCUAUAUCGCACUCUCCAACCUCGAAGCCGCCACAUUCCAAGUCACCUACCAGCUCAAGAUCCUUUCAACCGCUAUCUUUUCGGUUGUCAUGCUCAACAGACGGCUCACCAAACAAAAGUGGCUCUCGCUCUGCCUUUUGAUGCUGGGCGUCACUCUGGUCCAAUUGCAGAACGUCGGCACGCCCAAGAGCCCUGUGGUGCUGGACACCUCAAAGAGUGACGAGGGCGAUUCGAACUAUUUGGAUUCAUCUGGAAUGGGCGACGAGCUCGAUUCAUCACCCCCCGAGGACGACUCGUUGGUCAGCCAGAACCCCAUCAUCGGACUGUUUGCCGUGCUGACAUCCUGCGUUUCGUCUGGAUUUGCUGGCUGUUACUUUGAGAAGAUCCUCAAAGGCACCGAGUCGGACAUGUGGGUGCGUAACCUUCAGCUGGGUGUUUCGGGAUCCCUCUUCAGCUUCCUCGCCAUGUUCUACGACCGACAAAAGAUCUACGAUGGCGGCAUGUUCCAAGGAUAUUCUUUUAUCACCUGGUACGUCAUCACCAACCAGGCGCUCGGUGGACUGUUGGUCGCUAUUGUGGUCAAGUACGCCGACAACAUCCUGAAGGGCUUCGCGACGUCACUGUCGAUCAUCAUUUCAGGAAUGAUCUCAGUCUUCUUUUUCGACUUUGAGCCUUCGAUUCAGUUUCAGAUGGGAACUCUUGUGGUGAUCCUGGCCACCUUCCUCUAUGGCCGACCUGACGCUGCGAUUCCAAGAUUUAUUCGACCGCAGAAAAAGUAA